CUUCUCGCGGCCAGGUCUCGCGGUAUCAGGUCGAUAUCGCGGUAUUUGGGUCAUGUGGCAUUUCGCUGAAACGUGUGAUUGUCGUCUUUUUCCUGAGGUGAAGGAGCGGAGCGGACACGCAUUGCGUGCUGCUUCACAUAUUUACUAACCAUGGUGCUGUUGCACGUGUUGUUCGAGCAUGCGGCAGGCUACGCGUUGUUCGCCGUCAAAGAGGUGGAGGAGAUCGGCAUGCUGCUGCCUCAGGUGGAGGAGAGCGUGUUGAGCAUCGGAAAGUUCAACAGUAUGGUGAGUCUGGCCGCCUUCUUCCCAUUCAAGUCGGCACAGGCUGCUCUGGAGAACAUGAAUGCCAUUUCUGAAGGUGUGGUUCAUGCUGACCUGAAGUUGUUUCUGGAGACAAAUCUUCCUCUUUCUGCGAAGAAGAAAGCUGUGUUGGGGGUUUCUGAUGCCAAGAUCGGAGCAGCUUUACAAGAAGAAUUUAACCUUUCCAUCCAAACCGGUGGGGUGGUGGCAGAAAUAAGCAGAGGUGUGCGUCUGCACUUCCACUCCCUGGUAAAAGGUCUGACUGCCCUGGCCGCCUCCAAGGCUCAGCUGGGUCUCGGCCACAGCUACUCGAGAGCUAAAGUCAAGUUCAAUGUCAACAGAGCCGACAACAUGAUCAUCCAGUCCAUUGCUCUGUUGGAUCAGCUGGACAAAGACAUCAACACUUUCUCCAUGCGUGUGCGUGAAUGGUACGGCUACCACUUCCCAGAGCUGAUCAAGCUCGUGUCCGACAACUCGAUGUACUGCCGCCUGGCGCGGCUCAUCGGAAACAGAAAGGAGCUGUCGGAGGAGAGUCUGGAGAGCCUGGAGGAGGUGGUGAUGGACGGCGCUAAGGCCCAGGCCAUCCUGGAUGCAUCGCGCUCCUCCAUGGGUAUGGACAUCUCUCCCAUUGACCUGAUCAACAUAGAGAGAUUCUCCGAUCGUGUUGUGUCUUUGGCUUCCUAUCGGCUGGAGCUGCAAGAGUACCUGCGUUCCAGGAUGAGCCAAGUGGCUCCGAAUCUGGCAGCCUUAAUUGGAGAAGUGGUGGGAGCUCGUCUGAUCUCUCAUGCCGGCAGUCUAACCAACCUGGCCAAGUACCCGGCAUCCACCGUUCAGAUCCUGGGAGCAGAGAAGGCCCUGUUCAGAGCUCUGAAGACUCGUGGAAACACCCCCAAGUACGGGCUCAUCUUCCACUCUACCUUCAUUGGACGUGCAGCAGCCAAGAACAAAGGCCGCAUCUCCAGAUACCUGGCCAACAAGUGUACCAUCGCCUCACGCAUUGAUUGUUUCUCUGAGCUGCCCACAAGUGUGUUCGGUGACAAGUUGCGCGAACAAGUGGAGGAGCGUCUGUCUUUCUACGAGACUGGCAAUGUCCCUCGGAAGAAUGUGGAUGUCAUGAAAGAGGCUGUGAGAGAGGCUACUGAUGUUGCAGCUGAAAUCAAGCGGAAACUAGAUAAGAAGGAAAAGAAGCGCAAGAAGCGGGAGAAGAAGUUGCAAGAACUCGACGCAAACGGCGAAGCCAACGGCGAAGCGGAGUUGGAGAACGGAGAAGCAGACACCACUGUAGUGAAGAAGAAAAAGAAGAAGCAAGCAGCAGAGGAGAUGGAGGUCGAAGCAGAGGAGACUCCUGCUGCAGCGAAUGGACAAGAGGAAACCCCAGGGAAGAAGAAAAAGAAGCGAAAAGCUGAGGAUGCCCAGGAAGACGAAGCCGCUGCUACCGAUAAUGGAGCGGAGGACACUCCAGCCAAGAAGAAAAAGAAAAAAAAGACUGAGGCUGCAGAUACAGAGGUAGCAGAAGAGAUCCCAGAAACACCCGUGACUGAGAAGAAAAAGAAAAAGAAGAAAAAAGAGGCUGCAGAGUGAAGCAAGCUGUCAAAGACUCAACCUUUAUUUUUAUGUACAGUUUAUUUUUAUUCAUUUUACUCUUGAUCUGAAUCUAGUUCAUUUAAGCAGCUUUACAUUUGUCAUUUUUUUGCCAUGCUCAAAGCAGGUUAGACUGCAAAGAAAUGUUUAACUGUGCCUUGAAGUCAAUAUUUUCCUUGUACUUAUGUAAAUAAAUUGUUUAUCAGUUAAAA